AUGCUUCGCUGCACUGGUUGUCGCGUUAUAAGAAAGUAUUCUACUAGGCAUGCGCUCGAGCACUUGAAAGAAGGUGUUGCCCUGAAGGGUCUCUUUUCUGUUGAUGGGUUACAAAAAGCAUGGUUUGAUCGGGUGAAGCAUCUUGAUGGCAAGUUGAACGACAGUACGAAUGAGGCGCAACAAAAACCCCUGGAGGCUCUCAUCCAUGAAAACUCGAAGUCUGCUUCCAAGAAACACAUCGUGAACUACGCAUCAUCGCUGUACAACUUAAGGUUUAGCAUGUCCUCCCUUCAAGGAUGUGCCAGGACUCCUCCAGAGGAACACGCCAAACCAGGUCCCGAAGCUUUACUCCAAACUCCAGAUUUUAAUAGAACAAUGAGCAACGAACCGUCAACCACUGGCAAUGAACGGUUGCAAGAGGCUUUAUUUUCCUCAUUUGGUUCUUUGAUGGAGUUCAGAGCACUGCUAUUAAACUCAAAUCUAGCUAUAUCGGGUGACGGGUUUACGUGGUUGGUCGCGAGACGGCAACUCGAUAAACGCACCCAUCACAACGAUAUGCCGAGUAGAGACGUUGAAUAUGAUAAACUGUUUGUUAUGAAUACUUAUAAUGCCGGGACUCCCUUCAACUUUUCUACUUCCGGCAUAAUGAAUGAGCUCAACAAUCAAUAUACCAACUUGGAAAAACAACGAGCCAAAGAAGCAGGAAAAUCUGAAGAUUCCGAAAUGACUGCUAAGCACGCCAAGGCGAAAUUUGUUUAUGAAACUCAACAGAAAGGAUUUUCCGGGAAAGAGGUUUCCUAUGUCCCUUUACUGGCCAUCGAUGCGUCACCCAAAGCAUGGUUAACUGAUUAUGGUGUAUUUGGGAAACAGAAAUAUUUGGAAAGAGUAUGGGAUUCUAUAGAAUGGAAAAUUGUGGAAUCAAGGUUGCCUCAGCGCACCAAGGUCCAAGCCUUCAGCACCUUGUGA